AUUUAUACUCUCUCUAUUGAACAAAUAUUUUGUGAUCAAUGGUAUAGUUUCUAGUUCGCGUUAAGUGUAUUGGCAAAGAAAAGUGCAAUUUACAACGAACAUUCAAUUAAUUUGAUUUGCUCGAGAAAUAUUGAUACGACAAAGAAAACGUGGUUUUCUUUGAAACAAAUACAUUAGUACCAGUAAACUAUUUUCUAUUCUCACUUCUGUUGGAUUUCAUAUAUUUUAUUGUUCAUCCGCAACGAUGAAUUUUCAUUAAAAAAGGAAGUAAUUCUGGUCUUCAAAAUCUUUGCGUGAAGCUGAAACUUAGAGUGCUGCAAUUUUUCUGAAUAAUUAUCACAUUGCAUGGUACUAAAACUUCUUACUAAGAAUUGACUUUUAAUGUUUCCAAUAAUUCAAUGAGUUUAGUGGCAAAUAGUGUUUAAUAAUAUUCAUUCGUAUCUAUGUAUUAUGAAUUUGUCGAUUAUCUUAUGCCUGUCAGAAAUAUGGCGAAAUUGAAAUACACAAUUUGGGGUCUCUCUUCUAAUUUCGUUGCAAACCGAUACUUUUCACGUUUAUUGACGUCUCCAUGGUACAAUGUAUCUACAAUUUCAUCAAAGGAAAUGUCAACUGCAGCAGCAGUUAAGUCAGAAAAUGACAUCAUUAUUACUGAUAGCUGUGUUAAACGUUUGAAGGAAAUUACAAGUGAUAAUGCAUAUUUAAGAGUAACAGUAGAAGGUGGAGGUUGCUCAGGUUUCCAAUAUAAAUUUGAUUUGGACACAAAUAUAAAUGAAGAUGACAAGGUAUUUCAAAAGGAUGGUGCCAAAGUGGUUAUAGAUUCAACAUCUUUAGAGUAUAUUAAAGGAGCAACAUUAGAGUAUCAUACAGAGUUAAUACGCUCUGCAUUUAGGAUAACAAAUAAUCCUUUAGCCGAGCAAGGUUGCAGCUGCGGGGCUAGUUUUUCUAUUAAAGUAUAAUGGUUUCAUUGUGUAUAGUAUAUUUAAAUUUAGAGCAAAACGAUUAUACUUGUAUCACAUUUAUUAUUCCUUUUUUUUUGUUGGGAAAAUAAUAGUGGAAACUUAUAACACUUAUGCUAAAAAAGUUUGUUUUCCACUUUGAUCACAAUUGUUACAUAUUGUAUAUUUAAAGAUAUUGUUAUGUGUAUGCUUAUGUAUGUUUAUUUUAUAAUAAUGUAAAAUACAAACAGAAGCUUUAAUUUAGAAUAUAGACAAACAAAUUGUUCAGUUGAAAUUGUAAUAAAUUGACUGUAAAUAUAUGUAAAUGUUGAUAUCAUAUACUUUAUGAUUUCAUGUAAAAUGUGGGUUGUUCCAUUACAAAUGCUCAA